GCACGGCUGAUCGCGCCGAAGCCCGGCGGCCCCGACCUUCCAGGUGACAGCCGGUCACCCUGGUAGGAGUCAGCUCCGCCCCAAGUCACCCCGCCCGCCCAGAGCCCAUUCCCCGCCCAGCCAGCCUCCCUCCGCCUGCCCGAGGCGAGCGCGGCGGCCGCAGCGGCUCUGCAGCGCUGGAGCAGGCGGCGGCCGGCGGCGGCGCGGGGCCCUCGGCGGAGGAAGGGGGAAGUUCGGCCCCUCGGCGCUAGCCCGAGGAAGGAGGAUAACGAUUUAACCCGCCCUCUCCUGCCAGUCCGGCCGCGGGGCGCUCCCGCCGUGCCCGCCGCCCGAGUCUCCGAGCCUCGCCCGGGGAAGUGCCGCAUGGGGCAGGGCCGCUGAAGCGCGGAGUUCGGUGUCUCGCCGUGCCAAAAGCGGGCGCGGGCGCCGGUGCGGCAGUUGGCACAGUUUCGGCGGCGCCUUCGGCGCGAGAGUUGGGGGCGCGGCGCGCCUACCCGGCCGCCUCGGUGCCUUCCAGAGGCGCGAGUUAUGGAGCCCCCCAGCUGCGUUCAGGAUGAGCCGUUCCCGCACCCCCUGGAGCCUGAGCCGGGCGCCCCUGCGCAGCCGGGCCCCGGGAAGCCGGGCGACAAGCGGUUCCGUCUGUGGUACGUGGGGGGGUCGUGCCUGGACCACAGGACCACGCUGCCCAUGCUGCCCUGGCUCAUGGCCGAGAUCCGGCGGCGCAGCCAGAAGCCCGACGCGGGCGGCUGCGGGGCGCCGGCCGCCCGCGAGGUGCUUCUGGUGCUCAGCGCGCCCUUCCUGCGCUGUGUCCCCGCACCCGGCGCCGGGGCCGCGGGGGGCGUCGGCCCCGCGGCCGCGCAGCCCAACCCGGCCGUGUUCAUCUUCGAGCACAAGGCACAGCACGUCUCGCGCUUCAUUCACAACAGCCACGAUCUCACCUACUUUGCCUACCUGAUCAAGGCGCAGCCAGACGACCCCGAGUCGCAGAUGGCCUGCCACGUUUUCCGUGCUACAGACCCCAACCAGGUUCCUGAUGUUAUAAGCAGCAUAAGGCAGUUAUCGAAAGCUGCCAUGAAAGAGGAUGCCAAAGCCAGCAAAGACAACGAGGAUGCCUUUUACAACUCUCAGAAGUUCGAGGUCUUGUACUGCGGAAAGGUGACCGUGACCCACAAGAAGGCCCCGUCGAGCCUCAUCGACGACUGCAUCGAGAAGUUCAGCCUGCACGAGCAGCAGCGCCUGAAGAGCCAGGGCGAGCCGCGCGGCGGCGCGGAGGCGGGCGAUGACCCGGUGGUCUUCGAGGCCGCAGCCUCAGAAAUCCUGGCGGAGGAAGGAGAUGGCCUCCCCAGCAUCCAGCCUGCCUUCGCAGCCGCGGCCGGCCAGCCCGGGCUGCCCAGCUCUCGAGUUGGCUUCCCGGAGCGGAUUUUGGAAGAUUGUGGCUUUGACGAACAGCAGGAGUUCCGGUCUCGGUGCAGCAGUGUCACUGGCGUCUUACAAAGGAAGGUUCAGGAGAACAGCCAAAAACCACAGCCGCGGAGGAGACACGCCAGCGCGCCGAGUCACGUACAGCCCUCGGAUUCGGAGAAGAAUAGGACGAUGCUGUUCCAGGUUGGGCGGUUUGAGAUUAACCUUAUCAGUCCAGACACUAAAUCAGUUGUGCUUGAAAAGAAUUUUAAAGAUAUCUCUUCUUGUUCUCAGGGUAUAAAGCAUGUUGAUCACUUUGGCUUUAUCUGUCGGGAGUCACCGGAGCCUGGGCUGAGCCAGUAUAUCUGUUAUGUGUUCCAGUGUGCCAGUGAAUCCCUGGUGGAUGAGGUAAUGCUGACUCUGAAGCAGGCUUUCAGCACAGCAGCUGCCCUGCAGAGUGCCAAGACCCAGAUCAAGCUGUGCGAGGCCUGCCCCAUGCACUCUCUGCAUAAGCUCUGUGAGAGGGUUGAAGGUCUCUACCCUCCACGAGCCAAGCUGGUAAUACAGAGGCAUCUCUCUUCACUGACAGAUAAUGAGCAGGCAGACAUCUUUGAGCGCGUCCAGAAAAUGAAGCCAGUCAGCGACCAGGAAGAGAAUGAACUUGUGAUUUUACAUUUGAGGCAGCUAUGUGAGGCCAAGCAGAGGACACACAUUCACAUUGGAGAAGGCCCAUCGACAAUUUCAAAUAGUACCAUCCCGGAAAAUGCAACAAGCAGUGGAAGGUUCAAACUUGACAUUCUGAAAAAUAAAGCUAAGAGAUCUUUAACUAGCUCCCUGGAAAAUAUCUUCUCAAGGGGAGCUAACAGAAUGAGAGGCCGGCUUGGAAGUAUGGAUAGCUUUGAACGGUCCAACAGUCUUGCUUCAGAGAAGGACUAUUCACCGGGAGACUCUCCACCAGGGACACCACCAGCCUCCCCACUGUCCUCAGCUUGGCAGACAUUCCCUGAAGAGGAUUCUGACUCCCCACAGUUUCGAAGACGGGCACACACGUUCAGCCACCCACCUUCAAGCACAAAGAGAAAGCUGAAUUUACAGGAUGGGAGAGCUCACGGUGUUCGCUCCCCUCUUCUGAGGCAGAGCUCCAGCGAACAGUGCAGUGAUGGAGAGGGGAGAAAAAGGACCUCGUCUACUUGCAGCAAUGAGUCCCUAAACGCUGGAGGAACUCCCGUCACCCCUCGUCGAAUCUCCUGGAGGCAGCGCAUUUUCCUCAGGGUUGCUUCUCCCAUGAACAAAUCUCCCUCAGCAAUGCAGCAGGGUCUGUGUGAUGGACUGGACAGGAACGAGCUGCUGCCACUGUCCCCUCUUGCUCCAACCAUGGAGGAGGAACCCCUGGUUAUAUUCAUGUCUGGUGAAGAUGAUGACCCGGAGAAGGCUGAAGAAAGAAAGAAGUCAGAAGAACUGAGGAGUUUGUGGAGAAAAGCGAUACAUCAACAAAUCUUGUUGCUUCGAAUGGAGAAAGAAAACCAGAAACUUGAAGCAAGCAGAGAUGAACUCCAGUCCAGAAAAGUUAAACUGGACUAUGAAGAAGUUGGUGUAUGUCAGAAGGAGGUCUUACUAACCUGGGAUAAGAAGUUGUUGAACUGCAGAGCUAAAAUCAGAAGCGAUAUGGAAGACAUUCAUAUUUGUCUUAAAGAAGGUGUUCCAAAAAGUCGACGAGGAGAAAUUUGGCAGUUCCUAGCUUUACAAUACCGUCUCAGGCACAGAUUGCCCAAUAAACAACAGCCUCCUGAUGUUUCCUAUAAGGAACUUUUAAAGCAGCUCACUGCUCAGCAGCAUGCCAUUCUUGUGGAUUUGGGAAGGACAUUUCCUACUCACCCUUAUUUUUCAGCACAGCUUGGGGCAGGGCAGCUCUCACUCUUUAACCUCUUGAAAGCCUACUCAUUGCUGGACAAAGAAGUGGGUUACUGUCAGGGGAUCAGCUUUGUGGCUGGAGUCCUGCUUCUGCACAUGAGCGAAGAGCAAGCCUUUGAGAUGCUGAAAUUCCUCAUGUAUGACCAGGGCUUCCGCAAACAGUACAGACCUGACAUGAUGUCGCUGCAGAUUCAAAUGUACCAGUUGUCCAGGCUCCUUCAUGACUAUCACAGAGAUCUCUACAAUCAUCUUGAAGAAAAUGAAAUCAGCCCCAGUCUUUAUGCUGCCCCCUGGUUCCUCACAUUGUUUGCCUCUCAGUUUCCACUAGGAUUUGUAGCCAGAGUUUUUGAUAUUAUUUUUCUUCAGGGAACUGAAGUUAUAUUUAAGGUUGCGCUUAGUCUGCUGAGCAGCCAGGAGACACUUAUAAUGGAAUGUGAGAACUUUGAAAGUAUUGUCGAGUUUCUUAAAACCACGCUACCUGAUAUGAAUACAUCUGAAAUGGAAAAAAUUAUUACCCAGGUUUUUGAGAUGGAUAUUUCUAAACAGUUACAUGCAUAUGAGGUGGAAUACCACGUGCUGCAGGAUGAGCUUCAGGAAUCCUCAUAUGCCUGUGAGGAUAGUGAACCUUUGGAAAAGCUGGAGAGGGCCAAUAACCAACUGAAAAGACAAAACAUGGACCUCCUAGAAAAGUUGCAGCUAGCCCAUGCUAAAAUCCAGACCUUGGAAUCCAAUCUGGAAAACCUUUUGACCAGAGAGACCAAAAUGAAGUCUUUAAUCCGGACUCUGGAACAAGAGAAAAUGGCUUAUCAAAAGACAGUGGAGCAGAUCCGGAAGCUGCUGCCCACUGAUGCGCUCGCCAAUUGUGAAUUUCUGCUGAGGGACCUCAACUGCAACCCUAACAACAAAGCCAAGACAGGAAACAAGCCAUAACUGAAGAAGUGCCCUCUCAGCAGAACAUGCUCUUAGAACGGAGAGGAAGGGAAGAGUCUGUAUGCUGCUGGCCCAGCGCUGGACACCAGAGCUGACAGAACCACUUGAGUCUGAUGCUGCGCCCGUGUCCUAGCUGGUGGACCUCGGUCUUACUAGAGUACGCCAAUCCUAAGCCAUUGUACAUAUGUAGACUGGUUUUUUCUGUUGUUGGUAUUGACUAUGUACAUAUAUAUAAAAUGGACACAAACAGUUCAUGCUUUCAGAUCAAAAGAGUAGAUGUAUAUUUAGUGAAUUUUUUUAAAUCAGAACUUCAUGAAACCCCCACCAAAGGGAAGUUAAAAUGAAAUUCCCCUUGGACAUAUGUGAAAUCAUUUUGUCUUUGUAGUGAAACAAAGCUUAGAGCAUCUUUGUAUAUUGAAAUAUACUUGAAAAAAAUGAAUGUAUUUUUUUCUCCAAAGAGCAGCAUGUUUCACUCAGUGGUGGAGAGGUAGAAACAUUUGUGUAACUUUAUGUAUAUCUGUCUUAAAAUCUACUGACAUUAUGUAUAUCUGAUUGCCAAUCAUGCUCCUAUGGAUUUUUCAGGAAGGUGGGGGCCUUCCUCCCCUGCCAGCUUUGUGCCAACUAGCAUGUUGUGUCUACAUGCAUUUUGAGUCAGGCGAGGCAUUACUUUGGAUGUGUGUUAAGGAGAAAGCAAGACAUCGUAGUGGAGUCUACCCACCCAGCUCAAGGUGAAAAAGAAUGUUGCUAGUUUUCUAGCAAAUUAGACCAGCAUUAUUACUCAAACUAAAAAUAUCAGGCUUCCAAAAUUUAAUUUAGGACCUAAAUUGUCUAGAUCAACUUUCUACUUUUUUAAUUUAAAUUACUGCUUAUAGUUGUGAAUGGACUCCCUUUUACUUGGUGCCACAAUUGGUGACAAGGAUUUGGCAUUUUCCCACAAUUGGGAACUCCUAAUUUAGUUCUCUCUACCUGCAAUGAAAGAUAGGAAAAUGCGAUUAUAAUUGGUUUUCUAAAGAUAAUAUGCUGUAUUGGCACUUUUUUUUUUUUAGCGUUUAUUUAUUUUUGAGACAGAGACAGAGCAUGAACGGGGGAGGGUCAGAGAGAGGGAGACACAGAAUCCGAAACAGGCUCCAGGCUCUGAGCCGUCAGCACAG